AUGGCCUCAGCGACGUAUUACUUGCUCCUCAUAAUCUUGCUCCCACCUCAAUGUUCGUUCACCGGUCAAGUCGUGGUUGCCGGUAUAUUCUCCGCCAUGCAUAUCCUGGUCACAGAGUCCAUCAGGAAUCGAGCACUUCGCUCUAUGCAGUUGCUUCUUGUUCUUCUCCAAAUCAUCAUCAAGUGUAUCUGCCUUGCUUCCUUCCCAUUCCAGAUUGUAUCAAUCAUCAAACCAGCCGACGAAUGUAAUCCUAACUACCACUAUUGUGUCAGUGAAAACGUUUUCGAGACUCAAAUGGCAGCAACUGUUGCCAUUCAUACCAUAAUGUUUCUGUUCGGAUGUGCAGAGAUCAAACGGCUUCUCAUUCUCCUUAAGUACCAUAACAAAACAACAAAGAAAGAAGUUUGCGCCGGCAACCUGGAAAACGCUGUACUCGCGAACGAGCCACUGCGCACACCAAGCCAAGAUAAGGAUCUGCAAGAAAUGAAGAUAGUUGCUUGA